CAACUGGAUUCCCAUUAAAUUCUCUAGAGUGCAAGUUGUCACUUUGAAAGUGAAAUUUUCCGGAAGAUUAUUUCCGUUCUGGUCGUCCACGGGUCGGGUCGCCUUUUAUUGGCGGUUUAUCGGAAUUGAUAUCAUCUCAGAGUCUUGGUACGUGAUAAUGUUGGAAAUGACGCGAUGCCUUACUAUUGCAAUAGUGAUUUUUGUGAUUUCAACUCAAUUUACACGGGUUCUCCCCGAUGGCGAUGCGGGUGCUAAUGUCGUUGGAAAUGGUGACGAGAAUUUACGGAAAGAUCCGUCGGUGUUUAUUCUGAUACUGGUGCGAAAUAAGGAACACACGCUACCGUAUUUCCUCACUUAUUUGGAGAAGCUGAACUAUCCCAAGCAUCGCCUGUCGCUGUGGAUUCGAUCCGACCACAAUGAAGAUCGCAGCAUUGAAAUACUCCAAAAAUGGGUCAAUCGAACAUCAAGCUCCUAUCAUAGUGUUGAUUUCGAAUUUGAUUCUCAACCUGGAGGAUACCAAAAUGAGUCCUCACCAACAGAUUGGCCUAAAGAACGCUUCAAACAUCUCAUUUACUUGAAGAACAAAGCACUGGAAAGGGCCCAGAAAAUGUGGGCAGACUUCAUUUUGUUCCUAGACGCUGAUACUUUCCUAACCGAUCCAAAUGCCCUACGCUACCUCACUGCCUACGAUGUUCCAAUAGUGUCUCCAAUGCUGCGAUCAGACGGUUUAUAUUCGAAUUACUGGUGUGGCAUGACUGAGGACAACUACUACAAAAGAACGGACGAAUAUAAAGAGAUCUACGAAUAUAAGAAAGUUGGAAAUUUCCCUGUACCAAUGGUGCAUAGCGUGGUUUUGGUAAAUUUAAAUUAUGCCAAAACUGCUCUUCUGACUUUCGAUCCUGACGAAUUGGUUACUGUUCAAAGGCAUUUAGAUUAUACGAAGCUCUACAAGGGACCAACCGAUGAUAUUAUUGUUUUUGCGGUAUCGGCAAGAUCGAUUGGUUUGGAAAUGUUGAUAAGUAAUGAACAUCAGUAUGGAUAUCUGCUGUCGCCGUUGGAGAAGGAGGAGCCAAUUGAGCGCGAAUAUCAACAAUUUAUUAAUACCAAAGUGAAUAUAGUGAAUGAUAUCCCCAGUGGUAUUGUGGAGAUUGAGGAUUAUUUGCAGGAAUAUAUUCAAUAUCCUGAAAUUGAUCGUGUCACCCUGGAUAAAAUUUACAUGAUCAAUUUAUUACGACGUCCUGAACGACGCAUAAAAAUGGAGAAGAGCUUUAGGGAAUUAGGUCUCGAAGUCGAGCACUUCCCGGCAGUUGACGGACGUGAUUUAAGUUUAGAUAUAAUCGAGAAAAUGGGAAUACGGUUCCUUCCAGGCUAUGAAGAUCCUUAUCAUCAUCGCCAAAUGACAAUGGGCGAGAUUGGAUGCUUUCUCAGCCACUACAAAAUAUGGGAGAAAAUGGUCGAGCUUGAACAAAAAGAAGUUUUAAUUCUAGAAGAUGACAUCCGAUUUGAACCGUUCUUUAAAGACAAAGCAAUUCAAUUGUUGGAGGAGGCACGUUUUGUUGAAGACUGGGAUCUAAUAUACUUUGGACGGAAACGUCUUGAAGAUGAAGAAGAACCUUACGUGGAUGGAGCUAACAACCUCGUUUACGUUGGAUAUUCAUACUGGACCUUAGGCUAUGUGAUCUCCUUGAGUGGUGCUAAAAAGCUUCUUGCGGUCGACCCCUUACGAAAGUUGAUUCCCGUUGACGAGUUUUUACCGGUAAUGUUUGACCGGCAUCCGAAUAAAACGUGGAGCAAUGCAUUCGAGCCGCGAAAUUUAAUUGCCUUUAGUGCUGCUCCCUUGAUACUCUUUCCGACACAUUAUACCGGGGACGAUGGCUAUAUAUCCGAUACAGAAGAUUCGGUGGUAACUCCAUUAACUUACGAUCUUGCUACGGAAAGCAACGCACAAUUGAAAAGUGAUAAAGGCCGUGAAAAUUCUUCUGAUAGUUUUAUUGAUGAUCAGGAAAUAGAUAAUAAGCACAAGAGUGCAAGCAACGUUUUGAUACAGGAGAUUCGAGAUGGAGUUGCUGCUGCUUCGAAACAUGAUGCCAAUGAAUUAUGAUUGAGUUAACUUGCCAUAUUUGCCGAUACGCACAUUACAUUUUUACUUUCCCGCUAAUCAGCGAAUCUCUUUUGCUCUGAAGUUGAUGCUGAGCUACAACGUCCUGAUUUUUAAGAUUCCAAAGCGCAUAAUUAAAAUAUAAAUUUGAGCUCAACAAUCUUUGCACUGCUAUAUCGUUCCAUUUGCGGAGUAUCAUACUGCAGGGUUCUCUCCGCUUUCAAAAAAAAAAACCUUCAUUUAUUGUAUUGCGAUCUCACUAAAAGAUAAAUUAACUACGCAUGGAAAAUCAAAAGGAUGCAGUGCAAACUUGGACAUGCAGAUAUGCUUAACUGUUGUAAUUUCAUAAGCAAAUACUCGAAUUGACAAUAUUUUUUAUUGCUUUGCAAACCUUUACUCAUUAAGGAAAGAGGAAACAAUGUGCCUUAUAACAUACUACUGCUUUUGUUAGUGCUAAUUUAGGAUUACAGUUAAGUUUCAUGUUGUUCAUUUCUCAUGUGUUGUUUUUACAAACAUUUUAAACAAACAUAAAACCAUGUUUUUACUCCCAUAUACCUUAUACAUAUACAUUUGUAGAUCAUAACGAAUAAGCAAUCUCAAAUUUUUCUAAAUAAAAACGUGAUUAUUGAAAAA